GCCGACCGUCAGUCUGGCAUGUAAACAAGGUCAGACACUGCAGCAGCACAGUCCAAACACUUCCUCCACACACGGACGGCUGUUUGCUUUCACAGCAGGAGAAGAAGAAAACUUCUUAACCACACCUGUGAGGAGAAAGAACUCUACAGAGUCAGCCAAGAUGAUGCAGUGUUUUCACUUCAUGGUGGAGCCGGCCAAAAACUUAACGGCCAAGAUAAAGGAAUCUCACAAGAGAGCGAAGAAUGGGAAGAGGGAGCCUCUGGACGAGGAUCAGCUGUUUGUUGUGGAUCUGGCAAGAGAUCUGAGCCGAGUGUGCCAGCGGUCAGCAGUCUUGGAGCACAUCUGGAACCUUGAUGACACCUGGCCAACGGCUCUGUGCAGGAUGAUCAUCCUACAGUGGGCCUCCAUGUUAGAGGGCAAGAAGAGGCCCAUGCAGACAGAUGGCUGGCCAGAGAUGGAUGAGGUCAAACAGCCUGAUAUAUUUAAUGAGCAGGACCUGCUGCAGGCCAAAAAUGUGAUCCUCAGCUGGGUCAAGGACCUGAGAGCUCAGCCUGAGCAAAGUGUGUGGCCUGGUGAACCUGUGGCAAAGGUUCUGGAGGACAUGCAGUCAGCCUGGCGCUGGGGCCGCGCGCCCAACCUGCUGACUGCCAUGGAGCUAGUUUUUCUGACGUUACUGGUGCAGCGCCCAGAUAAGGAUACCAUCCCGCAGCAGUGGCUCAUGUGGAAGCAGAAGACUCAGAAGAUUGGUGCCAUAUCCUACAUUCCUCAGCCAGUGUGGGAUUGGAUCACAGAUGCUGCAGUGGAGGUGACUCUGGAUCUGGACACAGCCAAUCCUGACCUGCUCAUCUCCACUGACGAGAAGAGAAUGCGCUGUGGCUUCGAGAGAAAGGACGUCCCCAACUACCACCAGCGCUUUGACGGCUGGUGGUGUGCCGUCGGUGUGGAAGGCUUCACCUCAGGCCGGCACUACUGGGAGGUGGAGGUAGGCGAGCGGGACUGGAGGCUGGGCGUGGCCAAAGAGGCGGCCCUGAGGAAAGGCUUCAAGUCCCUGAACACAGAUACGGGUUACCUGAGCCUGCGGCUGGAGAGGGGCACUGAGCUGAAGGCGCUGACCGUUCCCUUCACCUCCCUGCCGCCUGGCCUCAUCCCCCGCAAGGUGGGCAUCUACCUCGACUACGACCGCGGCCAGCUGUCCUUCUAUGACGUGGACAAACACUUGCACAUUUACACCUACAACGAGAGCUUCGAUGACAAGCUGUUCCCCUUGUUUGGCACCGUGGAGAUCAUCAAGGAUCUGGUGAUCAAGUCUCCAGCAGCUAAGAGCCAGUGUCUCUGCCCCACAUCCUGCCUCUGGGGUUGAGUUUCCCGCUGUCACCUCUUCCUUUAGAAGCCAGUAGAUAUCAUAAUAAAGUAUAACAAAUGGUUAUAUCCUAAUCACUGGGAGGAAUCAGAGAUCCUGAUGUAAAAGACCAUCAUUUUGCUAUUGAAUAGCUCCACUGUAUGACCACUCUCUAUCCUGCUGUUGCUGCUGCUGCUGCUUUAAUGUGAUCGUUGCGUCCACCUCCUCACUGUAGAGUAACAGUGCUACUCUUUGCUCACACACAUAAUGUAUUUUCAUAUAUUUGAAAGAAAACCUAUAGUGUUAAUGUCAUGUAUUGUGCAAUAUUAACCCUGCAGUAAGAAUGCACUUCUGUGAAUGAUUAAUAAACUAAAUCCAUGUCUUA